AUGAAAACAGUACUGGGUGAUCUGCAGAUCGUUGUGGAGCGGCAUUCGGAUGUUCUACGCAAUAACGCACUCCCAUUUCGUGUUCUUAUCAUAUUAAGAGUUUUCGGUUUUGCACUCUCUCUAGUCGCUGCUGCUUAUGGAUUUCUGUCUUUGUUGCCGUUUCAACUUCUUUCCAUAGAAGUGUGGCGUCUGUUAACUUGUAACUUUGUCGGACGUAACAUCCUAUUAUUUGCGUGGACAAUAUGGAGUUUGCACUUCGGAACGAAUCUUAUUCGUCAAAAUAACAGUAAUGAAAGUGUGCUUAAGAUUUAUGCAAUUACGCAGAUCUUUACGACACUGUUAGUUUGUGGUGCUGCCUACGGUGUGUAUGCGCUAACCUCGAAAACCACUCUUCUCUAUGAGGAUCAUAUCGUGGACAUGGUUCCGGUUAAUUGCGCUGUUCUGGUGCUCAUUAAACAGUUUCUCCCCGAUUCAAUUCUUCUCGAAACUCCGCUAGGUAGAAUCAAAUACACUCAUGUUCCAUUACUGGCUGUACUUUCCGUAUCCAUAUUCUCUAUAGCAGGAUUGAUGAAUCCGGUUGUUGUGCUACAAUGCGUCCUCGCAGUGCAAAUCUCAUGGACAUACUUACGUUUCUUUAAUCCGCACGAGGUGGACUCGUUUUAUGGCGACAGCAGUGAUCAUUUUGUUUGGGCCAGUUUGUUUCCGAGAUUUUUUCAACCUUUCUGCACUAUUCUUGGACGGAUUUGUUUCAGAAGUCUUGUGAAGCUCGGAGUUUGUAAGAGAUCGGUUCGCCAUGUUGAUCUCAAUUCCUUACAAAGUGUGGGAAUAAGUUUGCGUAGUCUGGAUAGUUCUGCACGAGAUGCGGAAAGGAGAAGGCAAAAAGCUCUCCGUGAUCUCAACGAACGCCUUCACAAGACGAAAAAGUUGGAGACGAUAGCAUGGGAUGAAGAUGCGGAGGAUGAAAAGGAUGCCGCUGUAGAAACCGAAAAGAAGCAAAUUGUUAAGCAGGCAAACAACGAGGAACACCCGGAAGAGCCAGUAACGAUGACCUCGACGCAGCCGAUCGAAAGUGUUGAAUCACACCCCUAG